UCUUAUAUCAUAUAUUGUUUGUGUCCUAUAUUUUUAAAUAAUCGUUGUUGUAAUAUAAACACACACACACACAUUGAUAUUCUUUCAUUGUUGGCAAAAGAUUCUUGUCUUGAAUUAAAUAAGCUAAAUUUGGUUUUCUUAACUCUAUGGCUAGAAAGCUUUUCUAAGAACAUUCAACGACUAUUCGUCAUUGUGAAAACAUGAAGAAUAAAUUGCAUCAUCGUCGUCGUCAUAUAAUGGGCGAUAUUCGAAUAGCAAUUAUGAAUGAUAAUUUGGAGCAAUUUACAUCAUUAUUGGAAAUAUUUGAUGAUGAUGAUUGUGAAACGGAACAGAAACUUAAAGAUUUUCCAUUUCUGGUGAAUGGUUCAACAAUUUUACAUGAUGCAAUAAUUCAUGAACGACAAAAAAUUGCCCAAUAUUUAAUCGAGAAUCAUAUCAAUUUGAAUACUCGUGAUCAAACAUCUGAUGGUUAUGGCGAAACACCAUUAAUUCUUGCUAUUCGAAAACGUAAAUAUUCCUGGGCUAUUUUAAUGCUCGAGCAAAAUGAAACCAAUGUUAAUCUAACCGAUUUAUUUGGUCGUCAACCAUUAUCGAUUGCAAUGGAACAUCGUAUUGCAAUUCUGAUCGAUCAAAUAUUAUCGCAUCCAUUAUUUCGUCUAACUUUGUCAUAUAAUCCAUUAUCGGUUGCAUUUCGUUAUCGAAUUGAUUCUGAAUUAAUAAUUAAAAUGUUGAAUAUUGGAUAUGAUUGUCCUCAAGAUCAACGAGCCAAUUUCCUAACACUUGAAUCGACAAACAAAGAUUUGACAUUUAUUCUGGAACAAUCUUCUUCAUCGUUAUCUCAAUGUUAUAAUCAGCCCAUUCGACUUGAACAAUUAUGUCGAGAAACAAUUAGACAUUAUUAUUUCAAACGUCAUUUUUAUCCAAUCAUUCUAACAAAUGUUGAUAAACUAUUAAUGGGCAACAAAAAACUUAAACGACCAAUACCCAUUGCAAUGAAAUACUUUAUCUGUGAUUUAUCUUUGCAUUAA